GGAGCCCAACAUGCUAUGGAUAUGAUGCCGUGCUGCGGUUGCGCUCCAGGCGGUCACACUCGCAGGCGGGAGGUGUUCCCUUAGAUUUUUGGUCCGCUCCAGCCGUCCGACCCCCCUCGCCGUUCACAAUGUUCCCGGCGCUUCUGUGACCGGCACCUGCCUCCCAUCCUCAUGACGGGUCGUCCAUUUACAUCCAUCGCCCGGUGCUCUGAUGGAAGUUUAACUCCGGCGACCUGAGCAUAUAGGGGCGGAUAAUUACCCCACAACAACACCAUGAAGCUGUGAAGCUGCAGGAGGCAGCCCGGACAGACAUGAUGGAGGAGGCUGCCAGUCAACUGGAGAGGGACCAUGUGCACAGCGUCUAUGACAAGAUCGCUCCGUAUUUCAACGACAGCCGCUACAAAGCCUGGCCAAAAGUGCGACAGUUCCUGCUGGACCUGCCUCUGGGGAGCAUCGUAGCCGACAUCGGCUGUGGCAAUGGCAAAUAUCUCCACAUCAACAAGGACGUGUUCAAGCUGGGCUGCGAUGUGUGUCGCCCCCUGGUGGACUUUGCUUGGAGCCAAGGACACGAGGUCCAGAUGUGCGAUGGGCUGCGCUUGCCUUACAGAGACGGCUGCUUCGACGCCGUGCUCUCCAUAGCAGUCAUUCAUCAUUUUUCCACCAAAGAGCGUCGCAUACGGGCAAUAAAGGAGAUGGCUCGCACCCUGCGGGUUGGCGGACGCAUCAUGAUCUACGUGUGGGCCAUGGAGCAGAAACGGCGGAAGUUCGAGAAACAGGACAUCUUCGUUCCCUGGAACCCCAACCCUCACUCGGCAUCCGGCUUCAACGGAGACGACGGCAGACCCAGGAGACGAGCCACGACGCAGAGCGUGAGCGAAGCCAUGGACGGCACUGAAAACCCCAGGAAGAUCAGAAGCACGUCCUCGGUGGCGGACGAAGAAGACGUGGCCCAGACGGUGCCGCAGCAGAGGACGCAGAGACCGUGGUUCUUCUCCAGGUCGCUGGAUUCCGUGUUUGACUUUGGAAGCUUAGCCAUCUCCUGGCCGUCCUCCAGAGACCUGAGACCGUUAUCAUCGGCUACAGCUGCGAAUGAGGGGAACAAGCCCAACCAGCGAGCGAGAGGGCGGGGCCUCAUCAAGCAGGUCUCCAGCUUCUUUUCCCCUCCGUCGGUGAUCGGAUCAGAGGAGGACGUUUUUGACCCGGACACAGACAAGCAAAAAGGUCAGAAUGAUUCAGAAGCCCCUAGUAACCCGACUAACGGUAGUAGCAAAGAACAUAAAGGCGUCUCGGUAUCUUUAGUGCAGGAGUGUGGCUCACUUGCUCUGCCAGAUCUUAUUUCCUUGCAGCAGGAGCACCUGAAGCAGUCCGAAGAUCAACGGGUCAGGGGGCCCUUAGGAAGAGAGCAUCAGGAAGGCACCCAGAGCCCCGAGGGGAGCGAGGAGCAUGCUGAAGCUUCCUGUCUGAGGUACUAUCACGUCUUCAGAGAGGGAGAGCUGGCAGAGCUGAUAGAGCACCACGUUGAAGAGCUCCAUGUCCUACACGGGUACUUUGACCACGCCAACUGGUGUGUGGUGGCAGAGAAGGUCCAGUUAUGGAAAAUCUAAAUUUUUAACUUAUCGUCUUUCGGCCUACAUUUUAGCACAACACCCACACACGUUAACGUUGGACAUUCUAGGGAGGGAAAUGUCUGUAAAUGUGCAGCUUUAGCUAGUGUCGGGGUUCUGACGCCCAGUUCAAUCCCUCUGCUGAGAAAGGUAUGUUUUUACACUUUUAUUAGAGCUGAUAAAGAUGCGUUCAGUAAACUGUCUCAGCUCAGAGGAUAUCAAUGCGUUACGAUGGCCUACUGCGUGAUUUAAAAAUCACAUUUUAAGUAUUUAUUCUGCAGAAAGCAAGACAAUGAAAGCAGUAGCCUUGUGUCUCAUCUGGCGAUUUGCUUCUAUUAUUUUUUUAAUCUUUUAAAAAGAACUUGUCUUCAAAGGGAGAUGUUGAUGAUUGCACUGUUUUCCUGUUUGGGCUUAAAAGCCACACUGACAGUAUGAACUUCCAUUGGUUUUGGGAUUUUAAUCAUUUUAUUUCUGUGGUGAUCUCUUAAUGUCCGCCUGGUUUAUGAAAACAUGUUUGUUUUUGGUUUUUUUUACCUCUGAGUAUGUAGAGCUAAAUGAACAGCAGGAAUCGGUUAGUUUUCUCUAUUAGACGUUUAAUAAAUGGCUAAUUCAGUGCCUAACAAAAGUAUUAAUAUUCCUUUAACUUUCUCUAACUUUGUCAUGUUAGCAGCACAGACUCUGAUGCAUUUCAUUUUGAUUUUUAUGUGAUAGUGCAUUUUGUUUAAAUGAAAAAUACCAUUAAAAUUUGGACACUGUGGCAUCCCCAUAGCAUGAUUGAGCCACCACCUUGUUUCACCAAGGUGGAUAUAUAGUGUAUUUAGUGCGCCGUGACGUGAGAGGUUCAAAGUUUGGGAUACUGUUUUAUUAUCUAACCUUGCUUCCAACCUGCCCAGAACUUGAUCUCUUCAUGAUACUGUUUAUUACCUAAUGUUUUCUAACCAAUCUAACCUAUAAUGCUUUCACAAAGCUGUAUUUAUACUGUGAUUACAUUAUGUAACUAUGAAAGGUGUUUAUUACAUAUGUAAAUUCUUAAGGUAAUCAAUUCCCUGGAUCUAUAUUAUUAAUAUAUUAUUAAAUGUGGCUUAAUACAAAUGCAAGCCACAAAAUCUGCCACUUUGUAGUGAUCUAUCACAUGAAAUCCCAAAUAAAAUAUAUUCAGAGAUGUGCUUUUAAUGUAGAAAAAAGUGGAUAAAGUUCAUGGGGUGUGAAUACUUUUUGUAAAGCAUUGUAAGUCAUUUCUUUUAAAAAUAGUGCUCUGAACGGUUUAGAACAUGUUCUAAAAUACUGGUGUUUCCUGUGAGUGUUUCAUGUUAAAAUCAGGAAGAGCUGCAUAAUGUCUCGUAACAAGCUGAAAGUACCGGCCGUGUGUUUCAGCAAAUAAACUGCCUCAUUUACUGUGAAUGAAACAUUGCACUGUACCACUAAUAUGUUGCUGCUUCAUGUCAGUACAUGGCAUACAAAUGUGACACUAAAGUCCAACUUUGUGCUUAUCUGUGUUCAUUGUGCCAAGAAGAAUGCGUUUCCUUUUUUAAUAAAGUGUGUGUGGACCAAUUUUUCUUACGUUUUACAGGUACCUCAGUGUCUCAUGAUUUUAAAUGGUUUUUUUGCUUAUUCAUUUUUUUUCUCCAUAAUUUUUGUGUUGCAAUUAUUGACGAAGCAAUUUACCUUAACACAAGAAAAGAGACGAUCACAACAUUCAUUCACAAAUAUCUAAUAUCUAAUGGAGUUCAGCAGGACUUUAUAUAAGGACCCUUGCCUUUUUAUAGUAUGUGUAUUUUAUCAAAUGCUGAAUUCCAAUUUUCUGUUAGGUCUUCAUCUCCACCAGCGAUUUAAACACCAAUACAAAAAACUGCCUUUGAUAAUAAAUUAGUUUAGCACGAGUUAAGACUAGAUCAAAUGAAGGAAAGACUAACUUUGUGAUAUUCUCAGAUGGCAGAGUUGUUCCAAAACAUCUUAAGCGGUCAAGAAGUUUGUACCACGGGGCGGUCGUAUAUUAAAACCUGCAUAUUUAAACUAUAAAAAUAAAUAAAUUUACAUUCAUGUUGAAAAAACAUGUCUUUCUCUGUUUAUGAGUAAACAUAACAGCUAUUUUGCAAAUAUCUGUCCUCAGAACAGAAUAAGAACAAAAAAGACUUUUAAACAAGCAGCUUCUUUCCUAGUAUAAUGUACAAAAAGACCUGAAACUGUCUGAACUGGUUACCACACAAAAAAAAAAUCACAUCCGUUUUAAUGAAGAAAGACGAUUUCACACCCUUAACGUGACGGUUUUUGAUGUUUCUUUCUUUUGAUGUUUCUUUUGUAUUGUUUGGCUGCUCAUUUGCUAAUGCUAUAAAUUAAUUGUAGGUUGUAUUUCAUUUGUUAAAUGUUUACUGCCAUUGUGGCCAGGUCUGUCUUGAAAAAGAAAAUAUCCUUAAUAAGAUCGUUUUACUUAAAGUCUGAGAGAGAGUUGACGAGAACAUUUGAUAUGUUAAUAGUUAUAGCUGAAUAAAAAAUUGCUGUAUUUCUGGAGUUUGUUUGCUUUACACAUUAUGAUUUUCUCUUUUUUUAGACCCAAUUGUGCAGUGUCUAUGGUCUAAAAAGUGCAAAAUGGAAAUUAACAUUUCCCUUCGUGCUGCACGGCUAAGGAAUUUAAACGAAGCAAUAAAAUUGCACUUGAAGAGCAGACUUUAAGUAUUCUGAGUUAAUGACUUAAGCCUCGGGCUUAGGGACAUCCCAUUUCUGAGUUUCCUUUUUGAUGCUUAGCCAGGCUUCAUUUAACUUCUGGGGCAUUUAAUUAGAGUAAGAAUGCCUUUCAAGCUAUGGUUUGGGCCAUGAUCCCUCUGUAAUGUGAUGCUGUAAAUAUAUCUAUAUUCUCACCAAUUAAAGUUUGAUAAGCAUCUUUGUCAUUAAUGCCA